CUUGAGUGUCGCCCUGAAGCGCAGUUGGCGCCCCAGCAGAGAUCCACUAUGGCGGGUCGAUCCGGGGCAGCUCUUUCCUCGGCAGCUUUCUUUCCUAGGGGUUCCCCGGUCCCUUGCCCCACCGGGGCGGAUCCACACCGCUGACACCACUCUGGGAAAAAUAUAUUGCGUCUGUCCGUGAUAUCAUCGACAAAUCUUGACUCAACACCGUCAACACCAGCUCCCACAUCUACAACUACCACAAUCAUCCAGACAGGCGCUACCACCAACAAGAAACAAAAGCAAAAAAAACCCAUCCAACCCACACCAAAUGUCCCGCGCCCUCCUCGUCCGAUCCCUCCUGCGCCGGCACCCGCGGCCCGCGCCCGCAACAACCCCCCCGCCGGCUCGCGCCUUCUCCUCCUCCUUCGACGCGCACCCCUCCCCGCCCCGCCUACCCCCAGACCAACAAGCCGAAUUCGAGCGCCUCCAGCGCGCCGCCGAGGCGCGCCUAUCCACGCACACCCAGCAGCAGCAACCCACGACGCCGCCGCCCUCGCCGCUCACGACGUCCCGGCACGUCACCGACCCCGGCGCCGCCAAGGCGCCGGUGACGGGGACGGGCGAGCUCCCCGCGUCGCCUGGCACGCUGAGCGGCGGGAUCCGGCAGGGCGCGCCGCCCGAGUUCGACGGCGAGGUGAACCCGCGGACGGGGGAGGUGGGGGGACCCAAGAACGAGCCGCUGCGGUGGGGCGGGGAGGGGGAUUGGAGCUAUAAUGGGCGAGUGACGGAUUUCUGAUUUGGGGUUUGGGUGGGAAAGGGGGGUGUCGCUUCUGGUCCAACGGCUUGGUGAUGAAACGGGGGGGUUCUGGUGAAAGAUUUUGUAUACUAUGGGGUAAUGGAGGAAUGGUCUUUGGAAAAGGAGGGGAGAGGGAGAGGGACUCGGAGUCUGAGACGGUGGCACCGAUAAAGUCAUGGAUCUCGAGAAACAGUUGAGAGGGGGUCAAUCCUGUAUUAUGUGUACUGUAUACUGUACCCUAAACCACACCACACAAGCGUACCUACCACACGCAAGCUGUGAGAAGUCCUUCUCGCCCGAAACCUAACCGCGAGGGCUCCGUGGCCAUAAUAGUGCGAUAGAACGCCUAGAAAGGAAAGGAAAAGAGUUACAAUGGAUCCCCAAAUGCAAAGCC